GGGCUGUACUGGGCAUGCGCGAGCUCGGCCCUGCGCCGAGGCGGACGCAGGGGAGUUUGGGCUCCGGAUCCGGCUUCGAUCCAGACCGGCCGAACAGAACCGAACCGAUGGGGGCCCCGAAGGGGAGCGAGGGCGCGGCGGCCCAGGAGGCGGAGAGCCGGGAAGACGAGGAGCAGAGCGUCAAGCUGACGGAGAUUCUGGAGCUGCUGGUCGCCGCUGGCUACUUCCGCGCCAGGAUCAAGGGCCUGACGCCCUUUGACAAGGUGGUCGGCGGUUUGACGUGGUGUAUCAGCACGUGCAGCUAUGAUGUGGACGUCGACCUGCUGUUCCAGGAGAAUUCCACCAUCGGGCAGAAGAUCGCCCUGACGGAGAAGCUGGUGUCCGUCCUGCCGCGGAUGCAGUGUCCGCACCGCCUGGAGCCGCACCAGAUCCAGGGCCUGGAUUUCAUCCACAUCUUCCCCGUGGUCCAGUGGCUGGUGAAGAGGGCCAUCGAGAGCCGCGAGGAGAGCGGGGAUUACGUCCGAUCCUUCUCCGUGACUCAGUUUCAGAAAACUCACUGUCUCCCCGAGGACGUGGACUACCUGCUGAGGAGGGACAAGGCCGUGAAGACGGUGAGCGCCGUCCUGGACAUCUACAAGCCGCUGCGCCGCUACCGACGUCCAGGGGGCGCCGCCGAGCUGCACGACCAGGACGCCCGGGUCCGGGCCACCCUGCUCGAGUACGGCAGGAGGUACGGCUUCAGGCGGCCGGAUGGAGCCCCCAAGGCGGAGGAGAGGCAGGUGGGCCCGGCUGCCCCGGGGUCGGGGGUCAGGCCCGCCGAGAGCCGCCCUGAGGAGGAGCUGCAGGCGGCCGAGGAGCUCCGCAUGGAAACCCUGAUGACCAAGAUGGCCGCCGCGGCCACGGAGGAGGGUCCCGUGACGGCGGGCGCCCUGGGCCACAUCGUCGGGCAGCAGGUCCUGGAGAUCCGCCACGCCGCCUCCAAAUAUGCCAGCCAGGCGUCGGCGUCGGGCGAGGGCGCGGUGGGAGCGGCCCAGCAGCAGCAGCACAGCCGCCUCGUGGCCUCCCUCAACAAGCAGAUCGCACACAAGACCCGCCUCCUGGACCAGCUGCAGGCCCAGCGUGCCACCCUGCAGGCCGACUGCGACAGCGCCAAGAGGAUGCUGGCAGAGGUUCAGAGCCACCGCAACCAACUGGACGCUGAACUGGACACCCUCCAGGAGGCCGAAUCUCAGGCGGACCCCGGCACGCUGCAGCAGCUCCGGGCCCUGGUGGCCGUGAACGACGGACUGAAGAACCAGGAGCAGGAAUUCCGCGCUCACUGUCGGGAGGAGAUGUCUCGCCUCAAGCAGAACAUCGAGAGUCUCAAGGCCGGGGCUGCCGAGGGCGGCGAGGAUGAGGAGCCGGCGAGAAGGAUCGGCCGCCAGUACCAAGCCGAGAAGGACAAACUCCAGAAAAUCCGGCUCCUGCUGGCCCGCAGGAACCGGGAAAUCGCCAUCCUGCAGCGCAAGAUCGACGAAGUGCCCUGCCGGGCCGAGCUCAGCCAGUACCAGAAGAGGUUCAUCGAACUCUACGGGCAAGUGCUGGCCACGCACAAGGAGACCAAACAGUUCUUCACGCUGUACAACACGCUGGACGACAAGAAGGUCUGCCUGGAGAAAGAGGUGAAUCUGCUGAACUCCAUCCACGACAACUUCAAGCAAGCCAUGGCCUCCCCGGGCACCCGGGACCAGUUCCUGCGGCAGCUGGACCAGAUCGUCGACGGCAUCAAACAGAACCGGAUCAAGAUGGAGAAACAGAAGCAGGAGAACAAGAUGCGUCGCGACGAGCUGAACGAUGAACACCUGGGCCUCCUCGACAAGCAGCGCCUCUACUUCAAGACCGUCAAGGACUUCAAGGAGGAGUGCCGGAAGAACGAGGCCUUGCUGUCCAGGGUGAAGGCGCAGAGACUGUGAGAUGGCCGCCCAGCCCAUCACCGGGUACACCCCCGCCCCCCACUUCUGGUCCAACGUUUCUCCCCCAUCCCUUCUCCUUAAAUGCCCCCCGUGCGGGCGCGUGUACCCCAUCCGUGGGAAUAAACCCAGCUCAGACCCUC